AUGUGGAGGGAACACUCUAGCGGGGCUGCAACGAACCUAACCAACCCAAACAAACAUCAAGAAUGUCACCGCGCACCAUUGCAAAAACAAAAGCUACUUGUCACACUUGUUCAGGCACGACGUCUGCUCUCCAUGUUGGUCAACCUCGCGGAGGUUGAUGAUCAAAACUGGGUCUUCUGGAGCAGGUGGCCAGGAAGCUGCGCCAGGCUACCUUCAGUUCCAACCUUGCAAUUGUCCUUGAUUGACUCCGAUGGCCAGACUGGCCUUCAAGAAUUGAUUGCUUCACUUGAACAGCUGAAUUCACAUUUCCUUCUGGCUAUUGCAAACUACCAUCAACAGCGCAAGGCAAGUCCUACACCAGGCAUCCCAUUGCUCACAGGAGUUCUGGAGUUAGGCAAAUCAACAAUAUGCCAGAUCGCUCGAUUCUUUCUCAAAGCUUGGCAUCAGGUGGAAAUCGAUCAGAUAGUGUUGGAGCGCCCAUAUCUCAUUGAGCACAUUUCCGCUCUGGGAGUUACAGACAGCCCUCUAUCCUUGGAUGAGAGCACUCAUUUGAUCUGUCGAGCGCGUCGUGACCUCAAACGGUUCUACCUUAUACUGGAUGGACCAGAUGAAUGUGAAGAGACGAGUGUAGCUGUGAUCAAGAAACUACUUGCAAUUGAGCCACCUCUGACAAUCCUUGUUUCAAGCCGGCCAAUAGCGACCGUCUUGGCUACUCUAAAGGACUGUGCCACUGUCUGCAUGCCGCAACCAAGGUCGUUUAAUGACUUCCUUGCCUAUGCGACGAUAAUGCUCAACGAAUAUCCUGUCAUUGCAGAGCAUCUCGAUCAUAAUUCUGAAAACAUUGCCAAUGCGGCCAAACGUAUUGUGGAACUGAGUCAUGGGCUGCUAAUUCUUUAUCGUUACAUGUUUAUAGAGGACCAGAUAGAAUUCCUAGCCCAAGCAGAGACCAGACCCAUGUUUGGACGCUUUCUGUACAAAGAUUUGUUGACCAUCUUUGAAACGUAUGCGUUGGUGCUUGAAACGUCGUUAAUCAGCAAGCGGAACUUGCAGCAUUAG